UCCCAUCUUGAUGCAGAAACUGCAAGCAAGGAACCAUAGCAGGAAUCUAAUUCUUCCUUUCCAACUCAUUUUACACUACCUUGACGCGUUCACCGCGUAACUAGCUCCCUAUAUAGAACCAGCAACCAUAAAAAUCAUCACAGCAUUGAGUUUAUUGUUAAUUACAUGAUCUUUUAAUUAGAAUUGAGUGUUAAUCUGCAUUGACUCCUACAUCCCCACGGAACGUAGGCCUCCAGCUACGUUUCUUCUUUGGUUUUUGGUAGGUUAAUACAGCUUAAUCCUUUCUUUAAUUUGUCAAGUGUCAUUUCUGUUUCUCCUGUCUGUCAUUAUUCCAUUUUCUGCUAGCUUUUGAAAUUAUACAUGCCCCUACAUCUGCAUGCAAACAUGGUUUGCAUUGAACGUUUACUUGAUGUCCCUGCCACCCUUAGCAAACCCAACAAAAGAUGGCAUUUAGCUUUUGCAACUAUCUAUUGUUCUAGGACCAUUUACUCUCUAGCGAAAAUACCAGUUGUUCAGCUCAAAAGGCCUACCAACAUUUCUUCCUCUCCGUCUUAUACUUCACUAAACAUUAAUUUAGACAGUGAGCACUUCAAGAUUCAUCAAUCAAGUCUUGCAGAGCUUGUUAACAAGAAAGACCUCCACCACGUUCAGAACUUUGGUGGCACUGUUGGUAUUGCUUCUGCCAUUGGAACCGACAAAGAUGGUGGCAUCUAUGGCGGUGCUGAGGAGAUUGCUCGCCGACAGCAAGCAUUCGGUUCCAACACGUAUAAGAAACCGCCAACAAAGGGCCUUUUCUAUUUUGUAGUGGAAGCGUUUAAAGAUCUUACCAUCGCCAUUCUUUUAGGCUGCGCAGCGCUUUCUCUUGGAUUCGGUAUCAAAGAGCAUGGUCUAAAGGAAGGUUGGUAUGAUGGUGGCAGCAUUUUCGUUGCUGUUUUUCUUGUCAUUGCUGUCUCUGCUAUAAGUAAUUAUAGACAAAAUAGACAGUUUGAUAAGUUGUCGAAAAUCAGCAGUAAUAUCAAAAUUGAUGUUGUGAGAAGCGGGCGAAGACAAGAAGUUUCAAUAUUUGAAAUUGUUGUGGGGGAUGUCGUCUGUCUAAAGAUUGGAGAUCAGGUUCCUGCUGCUGGU